UCAAGGAAGACGAGGGUGGGUUGCUGGUUGGUGCCUGUUGCGGCAGUGCACCAUGGCAGCGAACCAGACUUUGUAUGUGAACAACCUCAACGACAAGAUCAAUGUUGAGACUCUUAAGAAAUCCCUGCGGGAGGUUUUUGCAGCUUUCGGUGGCAUCAUAGACAUCAUUGCCAUGAAGUCGUUGAAACGACGAGGGCAGGCUUGGAUUAUCUUCAAGGAGGUGUCAGCUGCUACCAACUCGCUGAAGUCUUUGCAGGGUUUCCCUUUCUACAACAAGCCAAUGCGCAUUGCGUAUGCCAAGACAAAGUCAGAUGUGGUGGCAAAGGCAGAUGGCACGUAUGUGGAACGACCCAAGAAGAUCGUGAAGCGUGAGGACUUGAGGAAAAAGACCACCAACGUUGCCCAUGCGCCGCCUGAGAUCAAGACAGUCUCAACACCGGCAGCACCUGCGGCAUCCCAGAAGAGCAUCCAGGAUCGAAUUGGUUGGAAUCCAAAUCAGACAUCCACCAAAGCCUCAGGAGGAGGAGGAAAACCAGCUGAGCCCAAUCGCACGCUCUUCGUGGAGAAUCUGCCGCCAGAGGCCACUGACACCAUGCUGUCGAUGCUCUUCAGGCAGUAUCCAGGUUUCCAGGAGGUGCGAUUGAUUCCUGGACGCAAUGUGGCUUUUGCGGACUACCAGAAUGAGUACCAGGCUGGUAUGGCCAUGCAGGGCUUACAGAGCUUCGAGAUGACUCCAGAUGUGAGGUUGCAGCUCUCAUACGCCAGAAAGUGAGGGACGUGAGCGGCCUGCAUGGCAGGAUCAAGGAUGUGCUCCAAGCUAUGAGCGAAUAACCUGGCGGCUGCGGAAGGACGCAGUGCCAACGAUUCGGGCGCUUGCCAUCGUGAAAAAGAUGGGUCCUGGAUGGUCCUGGC